CCAUUCGCUGUAAUUAUGGAUAACGCAAAUUGUGGAUUAAGCAUGCCGCCAAACAUCAAGGCGCAGGCAAAAACAGUAACAGAGGUAACCGUCGAUUCAGCAGAGAUGCAGCCGCAUGCAGCAGAUGCCGUAGAUGCUGGCAAGGAGGAGCCAGCCACCAGCAACACCAGCGCCACCAGCACUGGCGUGCUAUUCGAGUCAGAUGAGGGGAACGAGUGCUUCCAGAAGUGUGCCGACGGCCGCAAAGUGACGCUCGUGUGGCGCAAUAUCCUGGCCUUUGGCUACUUGCACUUGGCCGCCCUCUAUGGCCUCUAUCUGUUGAUUACUUCGGCCAAAUGGGCAACAAUUGGUUUUGCCUUGGUGCUGUAUUUGUGCUCCGGACUUGGCAUCACUGCUGGCGCCCAUCGCCUGUGGGCCCAUCGCUCCUACAAGGCCAAGUGGCCACUGCGCUUGAUGUUGGUCAUCUUCAAUACGAUUGCCUUCCAGGACGCCGCCUAUCACUGGGCCCGUGACCAUCGCGUGCACCACAAGUUCUCGGAGACAGACGCCGAUCCACACAAUGCCACACGUGGCUUCUUCUUUUCACACGUUGGAUGGCUGCUCUGCAAGAAGCAUCCGGAGGUAAAGGCCAAGGGCCAGGGCAUCGACCUAUCCGACUUGCGUGCCGAUCCCAUACUCAUGUUUCAGAAGCGCUACUAUCUGUACCUGAUGCCAUUCGCUUGCUUCCUGUUUCCCACCAUGAUACCGAUUUACUUUUGGGAUGAGUCGCUCAUGAACGCCUGGUUCGUGGCCACCAUGUUCCGUUGGUGCUUCAUCUUGAACGUCACCUGGCUCGUCAACAGUGCUGCCCACAAGUUUGGUGGCCGCCCCUAUGACCGCUUCAUCAGCCCCACGCAGAACAUAUCCGUGGCUGUUUUGGCCUUUGGCGAGGGUUGGCACAACUAUCAUCAUGUUUUCCCCUGGGACUACAAGACGGCUGAACUUGGCUUCUACACCUUGAACUUUACCACUUUCUUCAUUGAUUGCUUUGCAAAGAUUGGCUGGGCCUAUGACCUGAAGACCGUCUCCCCGGCCAUCAUCGAGAAGCGUGUGAAGCGCACCGGCGACGGCACUCACGCCACCUGGGGUUGGGGCGACAGCGAUCAGCCAAAGGAGGAGAUGGAAGACGCGCUUAUUAUACGCCAAAAAGCAGAUUAGACACAGAAAAUAAACACACAAAACAAAGAAAGACAAAACAACAAGAGACACAUACAAAGAAGCAUUCAAUGCUGAUAAUGAGCGGCUUUAGCCGUCAAAUAACUACAAACAACAGAUGAAUUUAAACAA